UAUGGCAUAUGCAACAUUAGCUAAAGUACCCCCAGUAUAUGGAUUAUAUUCCUGCUUUUUUCCUGCCUUUUUUUAUAUGUUUUUUGGUACUUCCCCACAUGUUUCUAUUGGUACUUUUGCUGUGGCUAGUAUGAUGGUUGGGAAUUUACGUUCACAAUUAAUACCAGAAAAUGGAAAUAAUAACAAUACAAAUACUUUAAUUAUUGAAGGAGAACCCCUAACACCUUUAGUUUUAACAAGUGCUUUAACUUUUGGGGCCGGCAUAUUUCAGAUAUUAAUGGCUAUAUUUCGUUUAUCCUUUAUAACUAAUUACAUUUCUGAUUCUCUUAUUUCUGGUUUCACUACUGGUGCCGCUGUACACGUAUUAACAUCACAAUUGGAUAAAUUAAUUGGUGUUAAAGUUAAAAGUUAUGGAGGCCCUGGAUUAGUUUUAUUUAUGUGGAAAGAUCUGUUUAUUUCAGCUUCAAAUAUUAAUAUAUUUACUGUAAUUGCUGCAAUAAUUCUUUCAGCAACUGUUGGGUUGAAAAAGAAUUAUGGAGUUAGAAUUGUUGAGAAUGUACCCCAAGGGAUGCCAAAUUAUUCAAUUCCUCGUCUUACACUUUUACGACAUAUUUGGCUAGAUUCUCUAAGUAUUUCAAUAAUUUGUUAUGCUUUCCUCUUCUCUCUUGGCAAAACUUUUGCCAAAAAACAUAAAUAUAAAUUAAAUGCUAAUCAAGAAUUGUAUGCUCUAAGUAUGUGUUCACUAAUCUCUUCUUUAUUUCCCGUAUUUCCUUUUGGUGCUUCACUCUCUAGAUCGGCUUUAUGUGAAAUUACAGGAGCUAAAACACAACUUCAUGCACUUUUUUCUAGCGCUUUACUCCUUGUAGUUAUUCUUUGGAUUGGGCCUUUACUUGAACCUCUUCCAAUUGCUGUACUUGGUUGUAUUGUUGUAGUUAGUCUUAAACCCCUUUUUCUUCAAUUUAAAGAAUUACCAAAAUUGUGGAAGAUUAAUUUAUUUGAUUUUUUAAUUUGGAUAGUUGCAUUUACAACAACAGCAUUUCUUAAUAUUACUUUUGGACUUAUUAUUUCUUUGUUUUUCUCUAUUUUGUCUAUUAUACUUAAAGAACAAUGGCCAAAAUUUUCAAGAAUUGGUGGAGAUAACAAAGCUGAAGGAGUUUUUCGUCCAUUAAAUUUAUAUAAUGCUUUGAGUGAUCCAGGAAUUCAAAUUAAUGCUCAGAUUUGGAGAUUUGAGUCCCCUUUACAUUUUGGAAAUGCUUCAAAAUUAGUAGAUUCUGUAGCUGAAAUUUGUCAAAAAAUUUUAAGAAAUUCCUCUUCGAUUGGAAAUUUUGAUAAUGUUAAAGUUUUGAAUAAAUUUUCCGAUACAGGAGAGGAAAAGAAAUCAAUUUCAAAAGAUUUGGAACUUAACAAUAUUGGAAAUAUUAAUUCAAAUAAUUCAACACCUUCUUCCUCCUCCCUUUCAUUAAAACAAUUAACAAUUAAAGGAAUUUUAAUUUUGGAUUGUUCUGUUAUUUCGCAUAUUGAUGCGGCUGGAAUUGAUUCUCUUAUUGAAAUUUAUUUGGAUACUGAAAGAUUAAAUAUUUUAAUUAAAUUUGCUGCUUUUUCAGGUGUUUUAAAUUUGAAGGAAAAAUAA